AUGCAAAGCAAGAUGACAUUUCAGCAUUAUUGACAUUUCAAAAUAUUGGGAGUACGUGGUUUAUUGAAGUUAUUCCUUUCUAAUAAGUUAAUAAUUUCUUGAAAUACAAAUACUGAAGUGAGAGUCGAAAGUUGCCACAAUGGACGACUUCCACAACGGGCUGGUGGAGAAAAUAAUAAAAGAACUAGAUAGUGCUCUGGCUAAAUCACCGCUAACGGAGUUUGAUAUCGUGCCCGUGGAGUCGACGAAGAACAAGACUCCAGUGUUGUACGUGAACUCCUCUGUGGCUUUAGAAUCUUGGUGUGUGAAGCAUGUGUAUAACUACUGCUACGGGGACUUGAUUGAGGAUUUCCUGACGCACCCAAAGCGGCGGCUGAGUAGGGUAUCCGGCCUGACCUACAAGAGAAUCAUGUUACUCUUGAACCCUACACUUCUGAUCAAUCCUGAUGUUACUACAUUGUGGAAUAAGCGACGGGAGCUGAUGUCUAAGAGGUACCUCGACUGGGUUGCGGAGAUGACGUUUACAAGACUAGUGCUUUCACGGAAGACGAAAUGUAAUGAUGCUUUCUCUUACCGGAGAUUUGUGAUAGAGCAUGUGAUGAGAGAGACACCUGAGCGCCCUCCUCACUUUGUGAGUACUAUAUUGGAAGAUGAAUUUGAUGUUUGCACCAUGACUGCAGACAAGUGCCCAAAUAACUACCACAGUUGGGACCAUCGUAGGUGGACAUUGGAGUUUGCCUCGAAGUAUAGGGCUGAGAUUGACAGCACUAUCGUUUUCUACAAUGAAUACAAGUUCAUUGUGAAUUGGACAGCCCGCCAUGUCUCAGACUACAGCUGCUUUCAUUACCGCCAACAUUGUUUGAAAAAGCUUAACCUGUUAGAUGAAAGAUGGCCAGUAUUUGAGAAGAUGCUUGAGGCAGACUUACGUGAGAAUGUUCAGAAGUUCAUAGAGGCUAGUGAUCCAGCUCAGAAGACUAACAAAAGUUUUAAGAAGACUAUUGAGGAUGAAGAUAUAAUUGCUUAUCUGUUUGACUACGCUCCCAAUGACUGCAGUUGCUACACUAAAUUCUAUGAAACUUGUCGAAAAAUAGAAAUCUACAUUUAUGAACUGAUACAGAACACUGACUUUUUGAAGUUUUAUAAAUAUCAUGAAGCUCUAUGGUAUCAUCGGCGAUUCAUAGUGAGCGAGAUCUUGACUACCAUGUAUGACUUCUUUGAAAUAGAGCGGGUCAAUGGAAAACUGGCCAGGAAGAAAUUAACACCAGACCAGCUGGAAACAUUGCAGAAAUGCCAAAAAUGUGGCAAUAGAUAUUGCGAAGUUGCAGACAAAGAACUCGACUGGGUGUACAACUGCCCUCUAUAUAAAAUUUUGAUUCAGCAUGAGAAGGCGGUGGUGGCUGACAGGCGAAAGGAUAUGGACAGGCAUGCUGGUAGACAUGAGAAUUAUCUCAAGUGUGUACAUGGCCUAGCCGCACAUUAUUAAACUGGUAACUCUAUUAUAUUUUAUACUCUGACUGAUUUGGUGUGAUGCCAAUUAGUUUAUUCUGUAGGCCUUCAGAGCUCUCAAUACAGUUUGUGGUUUCAAAUUUGCUACUGGUAAUCAACUAAUUGCAAAAUAUUAAAUGAAAAUUAUAAACCAAUACCAUUUCUCCGCUACAUAAAAAAAAAUACAAAGACAAGCCCUCAGCGCCAAGCUAAGAAUUUUAAUUCAUCCAUUUUAAUUUUUUUGUGAUCUUCAGAAAAUAUAGAUAAAGAAAGAAUGUCAAUUGAAAUAAAUAAAAAUGAGUCGAAAAACAGAAUUAGAAAAUGAAAUUAAAAUUGCUUUAUUUAUGUUUUAAAGUCGUUUAAAAACGUAAUUGUGACGAGUGUGCUGGGCAUUUGGCUUGUCAUCUAACAUGGCCCACAUAGAUGAUUCUGGCGGUCAAAAGGUUAAUCACAUUUUAUUUGAGCUCCAUAUAAACUUUUAGGCAAAAUAUUAUAAUUUUGCGAUUAAAUAAUUAUAAUUUACUUGUGAUAACUAUUCAUACAACAAUCUAGUCAGGUAUCACACUUGUAUACAUAUAUUUGUUUUGUUAUUGCACCUCAUUUUUAAGUAGUUCUCUUUAGUAUAAUGUACUAAAUAUUUAUAUAAUUCAUGUUUUAGUAUUUUCCCUGAGUAGAUAUAGUUACAAAUAUGGUUGAUUACUGUAACGCUACUCAAUUUUAAGUUGUACUUAAAUAUCAUGCUACCCGUCAAGCAAUUACAAAGAGGAGAUGCCAGACAACAAAAAAUGGCGCUGCCCAAUGAUAUUAUAAAUAAAAAGGUGCAGAUAAGUUAUAAGCACUCAGAAGUAGCAAAUUAAAAUGUGGACAAUUGGUAAUGUUUUUGUAGUAUGGGACUGGUAGAUGGAAAAUAGAGAGGGGCAUGGUUUUUAACGUCCCAAGCUCCCUUUAAAGUGUUAUAUGAGCAUUUUGUUAAAGAGAAAUCAACUUAUGAUUUUUCCUCUUUGUAUUUGCUUCACGGUGCAACCUCUGUCAUUUAAUAAAGAAUUUGUUAUGACAGAAUGAUUCUUGAGAGCGACUUAAAAUUGAGUAGCAUUUGAGUAUUUGAUCAGUAGUAAAAUAAAUAAUAAUAAUCAGUAAUUAUAUUUUAAAAUUAAUGCAUUUUUCGGGUAUUUAUUCAAAGUUUUUGUAUAGAUGGAAAGUAGGAAGUUUUCAAUGUAUUUAUUUAUCAAUGUAAUAGCUAUUGUGUAGAAGAUAGAAAUACUAGUAUAAUAUAUUAUGUUACUUUAGAUCUUUGUCUAGCAUGUAGAUGUAAUGUAUGUGACGCUGUUUAGAACAGCGGACACAUGUGGGCACUGCAAUUCAAAAAGGUAAAGGAUACUAAUAAAUUGUUAUAGUUACAAAAUUUGUUACAAUCUAUGAUAAAUAAUUUUAAUUAUUUUGGCAAACUGGUUACAAGAUUACAUUUUUACAUGUCAAUCUCUAAAAUAACUAGAUGAGGCCGGAAUUUCCCUUCGAACUACACUGAGAAAAAAUACCGAAACAAACUCAGAGAUCAUAGUCUCUUUUAAAUUCCAGUCAAUCAAAUAAAGAAUAAUGUGAGAGAUCUUUUUGACUUACAAUUUUGAGAGAUUCAUUUUUAAUUUUGACUUAUCUAGUAAUGCCUUUUGAUGGAAUGCAGUGUGUGAAUUAAAUAAUGUGUAAUGAGGUGCAAGUUAUGUGAUGAAAUGAGUUUGGUAUGUGACUAUACCUAAACUGCUGUGCUGAUUUUGAUGAAUUUGAGUAAAGAUGUGAGAUAAGAAAUUGUGUAAAAAUUAGGAAAUAUCGGAUUUGAUGCGAUGUAGGGAGGAAUGUGGAAUUGAUGGAUAUAUUUUUUAUUGCAGUGUGCACAAAAGUAUUUUAUUAUAUUUAGAAAUUAUGUCCAUAUAUAUCAUUGUAGUAUUGAUACUAUUGUAGUUAGUAGCUAUGAAUAUAAUCAAUAUAAAGGGUAAUAUUCUAUGUAACAUUGACUGAUGAUCAAUAAUAUAUACUUAGGUGUAUUGUCGGAAAUGUAUUCUCGACGUAGUUAAAUUAUUUAUCGUUAUUAUUUUAUUAACUUAUAAUACUGAGACAUACUAAAUUAAUUAUUAUGUUAUCGGCUUACUUACUUAUCUGUUUGACGAGGAACUCGACUAGUUCCAAGCCAUGCUAGAGGCGCAUAUACAUACAUACAUACAGUAGCAGCGCGACAAUCCCGGUGUCGCGUCGCAGAAUACUGCUCAUGAAUAUGAGCCUCUAGCAUGGCUUGAAACUAGUCGAGUUCCUCGUCAAACAGUUACGUAAGUAAGCCGAUAACAUAAUAAUUAUUUAUCAUUGUUACUAUAACUAUACAUGUUUUAUGAUAAUUUUGUAAAUACAGACUGGGAUAUAUACAACUCUAUGUCCUUAAAACUGAUAUUUCGUUUUUAGUUGUCAAAUUACAGUUUCUCAUAAAUAUAUGGAUGUAAUGAUGAAAAUGUAUGGUGUUCACCAUUCUUGUUAAAUAUGUGUAUUAAAGAACAAUUGUCUCUACAUAUUUAUUGAUUGUUUUUUAUGAAACUAAUGUAAAACUGUAAAAUGUUCUUUUUAUUUAUUUUGUAAACUUUUGAAUUUGUUAUAGAAUCUGUAUUUAUAUAAAAAAAUAAUCAUAGAAACUGGUAAAUUUUAGUUUGAAAUACGGAAAAUAAUGUCACCAAUUUACUUAUAGUAAUAAUAUCCCGCUUAUGUAUUCUUUGGGGGGAUAGACACGGGUCGUGCUAGGUAGGUAAGUGUGACCCACAAUUUUAAGCAGUUUGACAAGGUUUACUGGUUUUUAUGAAUAAUACGAUUAAUAUACCUAUAGAAAUAAUAUUCAUUGAAAUGUAUUCGUAAUAUAGCAUAAAAAUAUUAUAUUUAGUGUCUGUAGGUGUACUUAUACCCAGUAAGUAGUGACUAUCCAUGUUCCUCGGUGUAAAAUGUGAGGAAGGAAAUAUCUAGGGUUUGGCGAAGAGCUUUGAGUGGUGGAUGGCACCAAUUUAUGCCUAAUUUUAGCUACGCCCAAUUAUACUGUGAUUUUAGGUUGAAUUUUAUGAAUAACUAAUUAGAUAUAGCUAACUUUAAUGUUAAAUAUCAUCAUCAUGGCAGAUAGAAUACCAGUUUCUGAUUGGUCAAUCGCCUGACAGUUGACAAAUGUGUGAAUGUCAAACGUCAAAGAAAUUGUCAAACGUCAAUUUUUCGCGCGCAUUUUUUUCAGUGUUGCAAUCCUAAACAACAUAUCAGUUGCACUUUAUUUUAUUAAUGCCCUGUAAUAUGCGUUAUUCAUUGCAAUGUAAAACUUGACUUUGGAAUAAAGAACGAUUGACAACAAAACAUUUGUUAUGCCAUUGUAACGUGAAAAGGACGAGGUAACAAUAGUAUACAGCUUAUAGAAUAAGAUGGUAUUAUGAUUCUCAAUUGCCAACAUAAAUGGAUUCAAUUAAAUGUUUUAGAUGUGUGUACCAAAUGUUUAUCUUCGUAGUCAAUAAAUGUGUAAUAGAUUUCGAUUCAAUAAAAGACAUUCUUACAUUUCAAUAAACUUUGUAACGUUAAAA